AAUGUUUUAUAAAUUCACUCAUUGCUGUUAUAAUGAAUAUUACUAUUCGAAAUUAGGAGGUAUUCUUGGACUUAAGACCAUGUUUGAAGAUCUUGGAAUCCCCUCCAAAUGGUUCUUUAAACGCCAAUUUGAAUUGGUUCGAUCCAUCUGUUUUAUAUUACGAGAUACUCCUGAAACGGCUCCAUUUGAAGUCCGGGAUUCCGCCAAGAAUUUGAUUCUUAAAUUACUUAAAGAGUGUAAUUCGGGUCUUAGUAAAGAUGAAGUAUUGGAGAAACCAUUUCAAACGGUAGUGGGUGCAUUAGUCUAUGAUUUAGCCAGUUCAAAUCCAUUGGUUCGUCAAGUAUCUCAAGCUUCAUUAAAGGUCUUAUCCGAAACUACAGGGGUACCAAUAGCCAUCAUUAUGGGACCAUGUAAACAUUUAUUAUUAACGCCUAUCUUUGGUAAACCCUUACGUGCCUUACCAUUCCCUAUGCAAAUAGGAAAUAUCGAUGCUAUAACAUUCUGUCUUGAGAUUCCCGAUUCAUUCUUAACGUUUAAUGAAGAACUUAAUCGAUUACUAUUAGAAGCCUUAGCCUUGGUGGAUGCCGAAGAUGAAUCAUUAGCCAAUGUGCAUCGAUUACAUGAAUACCGAACUUCUAAACAACUCAUUGAACUUCGAGUGGUAUGUAUAAAAUUACUAUCACUUGCCCUUCUGAAACCGGAUUUCUCCUUGAGUCAAUUGGCCGAAUAUAGAAUAAGAAUCUUGGGAGUAUUCUUUAAAGCCCUCUGUAAUAAAUCUACGGAAAUCAUUAAUUCUGCUCAUUUAGGACUUCAAUCAAGUCUUCAAGAAAAUGCUAAACUUCCCAAGGAAUUACUUCAAAAUGGUCUUCGACCCAUGUUAAUGAAUCUUUCGGAUCAUAAGAAAUUAACGGUGUCGGGCCUUGAAGCAUUGGCUCGGUUAUUGGAAUUAUUAAUCUCGUAUUUCCGGGUCGAGAUUGGUCGGAAGUUGUUGGAUCAUUUAAUGGCAUGGGCCCAAAUUAAUACUUUAAGACGUAUAGCCGGUAUGGAUUUAGAGAAUAAUCAUACGGUACAAAUCGUCAUGGCCAUCUUAAAUAUCUUUCAUUUAUUACCUCCUAAAGCUUAUACAUUUAUGGAAGAAAUCAUUAAUACUUUACAGUAUCUUGAAGGACAUUUAGAUCGUCAUCAGAAUUCUCCCUUCCGAGUCCCCGUCGCCAAAUUCUUGAAUAGAUUUGCUGAGAAUUGUAUGGAAUACUAUAUCACCAACUUUAAGAAUCGGAAACUUGGUAAUAUGCUUGCCUCUAUUGCAGGAAUGGAUGGGUCUAAUAAGAUUAGAGAUAUGGCCAAGGAUAAGAUGAGUAUAAUCUUGGAUGAUUUAACUAAUGAAUCCAGUGAAGGCAUUAAAGUCAUUAAGUUUGCCAAUCUUGUAGAUUUACUUGAAGCCAUCACCAAGUAUGAUUAUGAAUGGUUUGAUACUCAACGAGAAGUUCUUAGUAAAGUGUCUGAGAUAGUCGAACAAAUUGCCGAGAUCAAGAAUACUGUGCCAUUAGUAUCACCAGCACUUUUCCAAGCUGAUCAAGCCAUUGAGAAAAUGGUGGUGAUUUUAAUUAACUACUUGACUCGUAACCCCCAUGAGAUUGAUUUAUUGUUUGUCAUUGUCGAACGUCAUUUACAGUUGAAAUUAAAGAUCCCUAACCAAUUGGAAGAUUAUAUCUUUAAUAAGAUUGUUAGUAGUUCAGAUACAGCUUAUCGUCAAGAGUAUUUGAACAAAUGUAUUGAAUUCAUUAGUGAUGAAUCACACUCACAAGCCAAUUUCAAAGCCAAGAUCUUCUUUAUUAAGAAAGUAUUCAAUUCUAUAUUAAUCUGGGAAAAUGAAAAAUCAGGUAAUGUCAAUGUAUUCUUUGAGACAAGUCCUCCCUGGUUGGAUAAGAUUUGUAACAAUAUUUGGAAAUCUACUCAAGAUAUCAUUACUGGUCAUACCUCGGGAACUUUGGAUAGUUAUAGAUAUGCUUUAUUAGAACUUACAGCUUUACUAUUAAAGAUUGCUCCGACAUUUAUUGGAGAUUUACGAAAGGAUAUCAUUAAAUUCAGUUGGAAUUAUAUUAAAUUAGAAGAUAAUAUUACCAAACAAGUGGCCUAUGUUACUACGUCAUAUUUCAUUUCUGCCUAUGAGAUUCCGGCCAAACUUGCCACUCGAGUGUUUGUAGCAUUACUUCGAACUCAUCAAGCGGAUUCUCGACAUUUAGUUAAACAGGCUCUUGAUAUACUUGCUCCCGUAAUGUCGGAAAGAAUGGUGGAUGUCGAGUCUCCUGAUAGUUGGUUGAAAUGGCCUCGAAGAAUCAUUUCAGAGGAUGGAUUUAAUGUGACUCAAGUCCUUAAUGUUUAUCAAUUCAUUGUACAACAUCCCGACUUAUUCUUUGUGGCUCGCGAACAUUUCAUUUCUAAUAUCAUUACUGCCAUGGGGAAACUCACGAUUUUGGCUAAUCCCGUCCUUGAGAAUCAGGUGUUGGCUAUUGAACUUGCGGAUUUGAUCUUGAAGUGGGAGAAUAAACAGAAGCAGCAACAGAAACUACUUGAAGAGAGUGAAGAAGUCCAUAAGUCUGAUGACUUUACUACGUCGCCUAAUUAUAGUAUCCCCUUUGGACAACGAGAAGCCUGUGUAACCUUCUUAAUUCGAUAUGUGUGUAUCAGUCCUCAACGAGCAUCUGAAAGUGAAUUGGGCCAAAAGGCCUUGGGCAUCUUGUAUGAUUUAUUAAGUCCCGAUCAUUGGUCAGAAGUGUCGGUUAAGCUAACCUUCUUUGAGAAGUUUGUCCUUUCCAAUGAUUUGAAUUCUUCUAAUUUAUUAGGCUACUGUUUGAAUGCUUUAGAAGUGUUAGGAGUUGUAUUAGAAUGGAAGAAAUCGGAAUGGAUUGUGUCUAAUUUGGGAUAUUUACAUAAAUUAUUAGAGAAGUGUAUUAAAUCCGAUAAUCAUGAUAUUCAAGAAGUUCUUCAACGAGUUAUUACUAUAAUUCUUGAAGCAAUUAAUGAUCAAAAGGAUACUGAAGAUGAAGAAGAUGAAGAUGAAGAUGUUAAAGAAUUUAUAUCCUUAUUAUCAUCUACCGUAGCUGAAGAUCUUGGAGAUAUGCCAUCAGUAGCAGCCGGUGUAACAUUAUCAUGGACAUUAGCUAAUUAUAGACCGGCUAUAUUAGAUCCUUUAUUACCUCUGAUUAUGAGAACUUUUAGUAAAUUAUGUAAAGAUCAUAUAACCAUCACUCAUCAAGGAUCUCAAUCUUCAUCAAAGGAUAGUGUUAAUUCCGAAUAUGAAGCUCGGAUGACUACUAAAUUAUUAGAAAAGAUUCUCAAUCUUUCAUCGAUGAGAAUUUCGAAUUUGGCAGAUCAAAGACGAAUCUUUUUAUCAUUAUUAGCUCAAUUAAUUGAGAGAUCAUUGGAUAAAGAUACUCUUGAAAAGAUUAUUAAAAUCGUCAAGACUUGGGUAUUUUCUCGGACGGAUUUGUUUCCAACCACUAAGGAGAAGGCAGCUAUAUUGGCGAAAAUGAUGGUAUUUGAAAUUAGAGGUGAACCUACUUUAUCUAAAGAAUUCUAUCAAAUCAUUGUGGAUAUCUUUGAAGAUGAUACUUUCAGUUGUACUGAACUUACCGUAAGAAUGGAACAACCAUUCUUAGUGGGGACUCGAUCAGCUGAUGUGGCCAUUAGACGGAAAUUAAUGUCCAUCCUAAACAAUAGUCUUGAAAAAGAUAUUAGUAAGAGACUCUACUAUAUUGUUCGAGAACAGAAUUGGGAGCAUUUGGCUGAUUAUCCGUGGUUAAAUCAAGCCCUACAAUUACUCUAUGGAUCAUUUGAUUUAUCGAGUACUGUACAUUUAAUCGAUUCGGAACAUAAGUUGCCGGGGCUCCGGAUUACGUCCUUACCGAAACCGGAAUCACAAGACCCGGAAUCCGCCAUGGAAAUCGAUAAUCAAAAUCAAACUUCCAUUGAAGAAAUCUUAAGUAACCAUAAUGAAUUCCUUAUUAAAGUAGGAGAGUUACGAGCCAGUGAUAUCCUUGAACCACUCAUUGAUUUAUUCUAUCAAAGCAGUGAAGCCAUCCAUAAGGCAUGGUCAACAUUAUUCCCCAUUGCGUUUAAAUCCAUUCCUCGACUGGAAUAUCUUGAUUUCACCCGAUACUUGGUGAUUUUACUUUCUAAGGAUUAUCAUACUCGACAGGUGGAUAGUAGACCUAAUGUAAUUGUAUCAUUGUUAGAAGGUAUAGCUCGAUGUGAUGGAUUACAAUUACCCCCAUUUGCUGUAGAAUGCUUAGCAUCCAACUUUAAUGGAUGGUCGCAAGGAAUAAAUAUCUUGGAGAAUAUUGAAGAACAAUCGGUUAGUGGUAGUUCAGAAGUUCGAGAAGUUACUCAAGAUGCUUUAAGUAAAUUAUAUGCCACCUUAAAGGAAGAUGAUAUGUUUUAUGGAUUAUGGAGAAGAAGAGCCAAAUAUUCAGAAACCAUUAGUGCAUUAUCUUAUGAACAAAUUGGAUUAUGGGAUAAAGCUCAACAACUUUAUGAAGCAGCCCAAAUUAAAGCUCGUAGUGGAGCAUUACCUUAUGGAGAAUCGGAAUAUGCCUUAUGGGAAGAUCAUUGGAUCUUAUGUGCAGAGAAAUUACAACAUUGGGAUAUCUUGACUGAUUUAGCUCGUCAUGAAGGAUUCUCUGAUUUAUUAUUAGAAUGUGGUUGGAGAGUGGCGGAUUGGUUUAAUGAUCGAGAAACCAUUGAUCAAACCGUCAAGAAUGUUAUGGAUGUCCCCACUCCAAGACGGCAAGUGUUUGAAACGUUUCUUUGUUUACAAGGAUUUGGAAAGGAAAAGGAAACUCUUCAAGAUCUUUCACGAUUAUGUGAUGAAGGAAUUCAAUUGGCAUUAAGAAAAUGGCAUGGAUUACCGCAACGAUUCAAUAAUGCUCAUAUACCUUUAUUACAUACAUUCCAACAAUAUGUUGAAUUCAUGGAAGCCAGUCAAGUGUAUGCCAGUCUUGUGACUACUAAUGCCCAGAAUUUAGAUGUGAAAUCUCAAGAAUUAAAGAGAGUGUUACAAGUAUGGCGAGAAAGAUUGCCUAACAUUUGGGAUGAUAUAAAUCUUUGGAAUGAUUUGGUGGUAUGGAGACAACAUGCCUUCCAAGUAAUUAAUAAUGUAUAUAUUCCAUUAAUUCCCGUGUUACAACAAUCCAAUUCUGGAGGCAAUGCUAAUUCUUAUGCGUAUAGAGGAUACCAUGAAAUUGCGUGGGUAAUUAAUCGAUUUGCUCAUGUAGCCAGAAAACAUAAUAUGCCCGAUGUUUGUAUUAAAGAACUUACGAGAAUCUAUCAAUUGCCCAAUAUAGAAAUCCAAGAAGCGUUUUUGAAAUUAAAGGAACAAGUCAAAUGUCAUUAUCAAAAUCCUAAUGAAUUAAAUACGGGACUUGAUGUUAUUAGUAGUACUAAUUUAGUAUAUUUUGCCACCCAACAAAAGGCGGAAUUCUUUACUUUAAAGGGAAUGUUUUUAAAUAAAUUAAAUCAAAAGGAUGAAGCCAAUAAAGCAUUUGCAACUUCAGUUCAAAUUGAUCUUAAUUUAUCUAAAGCUUGGGCAGAAUGGGGGAUGUUUAAUGAUCGAAGAUUUAAAGAGAAUCCUAAUGAUAUGGUCUAUGCCAACAAUGCUGUUACAUGUUAUUUACUGGCUGCUGGAUUAUAUAAGAAUGGUAAGACUCGCAAAUUAUUAGCCAGAAUCCUUUGGCUUAUUAGUUUAGAUGAUACUUCAGGUACUUUGGCUCAAGCAUUUGAAAACUUUAGAGGCGAAGUUCCAGUAUGGUAUUGGAUUACAUUUAUACCUCAAUUAUUAACUUCAUUAUCUCAUAAAGAAGCUAAACUUGCCAGACAAGUAUUGGUUCGUAUAGCCAAGAGUUAUCCUCAAGCUUUACACUUUCAACUUCGUACUACUAAGGAAGAUUUUGCGGCUAAACAACGUCAAGCCAUGGAGAUUACUCGUCAACAAGCGGCUGCUACUCAAACUAAUCAAAGUAAAUCUGAUUCAACUAAUGAUACAAUUGAUACUAAAGAAGAUAAGGAUACUUCUAAGGAGAGUAAUGGCGAAUCCAAUGAUUCAGAACAGAAAUCUGCUGAUGCUCAACCCCUGUCUUCUCCAACUACUGAAGCACCUGUAUCAGCUCCUGGUUCAACUUCAACAUCAACUGCUGGACCAGCUCCAAGUCAAUCUCCAACUCAACCUUCUGGUACACCAUCUAGUAGUACUAAUGGAAAUGGUAAUGGAAAUGGUACUACUACUAGUGGAAAUGGUGCUAAUAAUGUCCCUAUAGCCAUUCGUCAAGCCUUGGAACAUGUAGAAGAAAUCAUGGGCAUCUUAAAAACAGCCUAUCCCUUAUUAGCGUUAUCAUUAGAAUCAUUAGUUGAUCAAAUUAAUCAACGAUUUAAAUGUACAGCUGAUGAAGAUGCUUAUAGACUUGGAGUGGCACUCUUAAAUGAUGGAGUUCAAUAUUUAAAUCGACUUGGAAAUCCUCGAGAUGAUGCGAAAUUACCUCCCGUAACUGAAGCAAAUAUUAUUAGAUUUGCAGAAACAGUAUUACCCAAACAAAUCCGAGCUGAAUUUGAAAAGGAUCUUGUGAUUGGCAAACCUAAUUUAGAAACUUAUAUUAUCAAAUUAAGAAAAUGGAGAGAUCGUCUUGAAGAUAAACUCGAUAGAAGAUUUUCUCAAGUUAAUCUUGAGAAUUUAUGUCCACAUCUUAGUGAAUUUCAUCAUCAAAAAUUUGAAGAAAUUGAAGUUCCUGGUCAAUAUUUAUUAAAGAAAGAUACUAAUACUCAUUUUAUUAAAAUUGAAAGAUUUUUACCAACCAUUGAUUUAGCUAGAGGUACUAAUGCUUGUUAUAAACGGUUAAGAAUUAGAGGUCAUGAUGGUAGUUUACAUACAUUUGCUGUACAAUUCCCUGCUGCUCGUCAUUGUCGUAGAGAAGAAAGUCUUUUCCAAUUAUUUAGAAUCUUUAAUGAUACUAUCUCAAGAAAAGUUGAAACUCGUCGUAGAAAUAUUCAAUUUACUGUACCAAUUGCUGUACCAUUAUCUCCUCAUAUUAGAAUUAUUAAUGAUGAUCCUCGAGAUGUUACUAUGCAAAAAGUUUAUGAAGAUUAUUGUCGUAGAAAUGGUAAGAGUCGUGAUGAACCAUUUAUUUAUACAAUUGAAAAAUUAAGAGCAGCAUUUGAUCCUCGAUUACCCAAACCAGAUAUUAUGAGUAUAAGAGUAGAAAUUUUAAGUGCCAUUCAAUCAUUAUUAGUUCCAUCAACCGUAAUGAAGAAUUAUUUUAUUGAAUUAUAUCCUCAAUUUGAAGAUUUUUGGUUAUUCCGUAAACAAUUUACAUCACAAUAUGCUUCAUUUAUAUUUUCAACUUAUAUGAUGUGUGUUAAUGCAAGACAACCACAAAAGAUUCAUAUUAAUAAAGGUUCAGGUAAUGUUUGGACUUCAGAUAUGUUACCAUGUAAAAUUGCUAGUAAAAGUGCAUUAAUGAUUGAUAAUCAACAAGGUAGACCAGCCCCAUUAUUCUAUAAUGCAGAAAUGGUCCCAUUUAGAUUAACUCCUAAUAUUCAAAAAUUAAUUGGAGAAACAAGUUUAGAAGGUAUUUUAGUAGUAUACAUUUUAUGUAUUGCUCGAGCUUUGGCUGAACCAGAAUCAGAUUUAGAACAAUUCUUAACAUUAUUUGUUAGAGAUGAAGUAAUUUCUUGGUGUGCUCAACAAGAACCUCCAAGACCAAUACCUCAAGAUAAACAAUUACGAGAAAUUGUUAGAAUUAAUGUGGAAUUUAUUAUUAAGAAAGUUAUAUCAAUUGGUAGGAUAUCUUCAGGAUCGAAUGUGGCUACUCAGAAUGUUCUUGAAUUAAUAUCUCAAGCUGUUAAUCCUCGUAAUUUGGCUGCUGCUGAUACGUUAUGGAUGGCUUACUUCUAAUUGUGUGUAAGUAUAUCAUAUAAGUAU